GCCCUCCGCUUUUCCCCGCCCUUUUUGCACCUGCGUGCUUCCCCGCCGCCUCCCCGCCAACCAGGUGCGCCGCGCCCAGGCCGCCUAGUCCAGUCAGGGCUUGAGUGGGCGUGGCUCUCUUGCUGGAGUAUUGGCGGAAAGAACCGAAGGGGGGGGGGGGUUAAGGGAAGGCGGAAGGUGCCGAGGAACUCCGAGCGGCCUCGGCAAGAAGCCAGGCAGCCCCGGCAGCGGAGGAAAGAAAGAGCCAACUUUUGGAGUCUUCCUUUCCGCGAAGUCCGGCGGAGUUGGAGAAGGAAACGCCGCGGAGGUGUUGGCGGUGUCAUGGGGGCGUGUUUGGGAGUCUGCUCGUUGCUCAGCUGCGUGUCAUGCCUCUGCGGCUCAGCCCCUUGCCUCUUGUGCGGCUGCUGCCCUUCUACAAAGAACUCCACCAUAACCCGGCUGUGCUUCACCUUGUUCCUGUUCCUCGGCACCUUGGUCUCAAUUAUCAUGAUCAUUCCUGGAGUAGAAGCUGAACUCCACAAGCUUCCUGGUUUCUGUGAAGGAGGUGCUUCGAUUCCGGGCGUGGAUGGGAAAGUCAACUGCAAAUCCUUCCUGGGUCAUAAAUCUGUGUACCGCAUGUGCUUUGCGACAACAGCUUUCUUCUUCCUGUUUGCCUUGAUGAUGAUCUGUGUACGAAGCAGCAAAGAUCCUCGGGCAUCGAUACAGAAUGGGUUCUGGUUCUUCAAGUUUCUGAUCCUGAUUGGAAUAACUGUGGGGGCCUUCUAUAUCCCUGAUGGACCGUUCACAUCUGUUUGGUUCUACUUUGGAGUGGUCGGCUCUUUCUUCUUCAUCCUCAUCCAGCUUAUCCUGCUGAUAGACUUUGCGCACUCCUGGAGUCAGAUUUGGCUGCACAACGCGGACGAAGGCAGUACCAAAUCCUGGUACGCAGCCCUCUUCUUCUUCACCUUCCUCUUCUACGCCGUCUCCAUUGCAGCUGUGGUGCUCCUCUUUGUGUAUUACACAAAACCAGAUAACUGUACAGAAAACAAGGUGCUGAUCAGCCUCAACCUCAUCUUCUGUAUCGUGGUCUCUGUGCUGUCCAUCUUGCCCAAGAUCCAGGAUGCUCAGCCCCACUCGGGCCUGCUGCAGGCUUCCAUCAUUACCCUCUACACCAUGUUUGUCACCUGGUCAGCCCUUGCCAAUGUGCCAGAAAAAGAAUGUAACCCAACCCUUUUGCUACGAAUGGGAAACAGCAGCACAGCAGCGAUGCCAAAUGGUGGAGAGAUGACACAGUGGUGGGAUGCUCCGAGCAUUGUGGGGCUGGUGAUAUUUGUCCUGUGCACGCUCUUCAUAAGCAUCCGGUCCUCCGAUCAUGCUCAGGUGAAUAAGAUGAUGCUGACAGAGGAGAGUCCAGCGAUGCUGGGUGGGAACACCCCGGCCUUGGAAGACGGGGUACACCGGGCUUACGACAAUGAGGAGGAUGGAGUGUCUUACAACUACAGCUUUUUCCACAUCUGCCUCCUUUUGGCCUCCCUCUACAUUAUGAUGACCCUCACCAACUGGUACAGACCUGAUGAAUAUCACCAGAAACUCACUAGUCCAUGGACUGCAGUCUGGGUGAAGAUCUCAUCUAGCUGGGCUGGGCUCCUCCUCUAUGUGUGGACGCUGGUUGCCCCCAUCGUGAUGCCAGACAGAGACUUCAGCUGAAAGGCUUCCCCAGACGCUCUGCGAACAAAUGAGUCCUUGUUGCCAGGCGGAAGCUGAAAGAAGGACCCUGGUUCCUUGACUCGAAGUGAGGUCUGGCCUCCGGUCCCUGUGGGCAUUGGAGCUGCCUACUGUUCUCUUGCUCUUCUGCAUUCAGACUCGUGCCUUUUCCCCACCCUUCGGUUUUUUUUUCUGAGGAAAAUGAUGCCAAAACAGGGAUUCUCUCUUGCUUGUGUGAAAUGUUGGGUGUUUAAGAAAACAGGAAGGAAUUGUUUGUCACUGUUGGCAGUGGCCUUUGGAACAUGUUACGAAAUAACAAAGGAAACCCAUAACAUUCUACACUGUCUUUAUUUUUGAAGAAUGUUCAGAAGGUUCAUUGUAAAAUGUAGCUGUUUUAAAGUGACUUCCUAAGCCGAUAUGCCUUGUUUCCAGAAACCUUUUAUACAAACCUGUGUACCUUUUGAUAUGUGACUUUAAAUGGGGGAAAAAAAAGAUUGAAAUAAAUGGGCAGCUUUUGAGUGUCAAA